AUGUUGGUCUCCUUGACUGUUGGCAAGGUAGACGCAGGCGUCGCAGUGCUCCUGACCCAGGACAACCGCCUGAUCGAAUUCCCUUCUGUUCUUCUCCCAAAUAACAUUGCUUCCGGCAGCAUUGUGGACAUCACUGUUUCGCGCAACCUCGCCGCCGAGCAAGCCAACGCAACCGCCUUUCAGUCGCUCCAGAAGCGAAUCCUGAACACCUAUGGCGUCAAGACCCCAUCUCCUCCUGUUCUGCGCCUGCGGAACGCCACUCAGACCUCUCUCGUCCUGGAAUGGGAUCCUAUCGACUUGGCGACCGCGUCCCUGAAAUCCCUCUCCCUCUACCGCAAUGGCUCUAAGGCAGGCUCCAUACCCCGCCCUCUCGAGACGCGCAGCACCAAAAUCAGCGGCCUAGCCAUUCACUCCGAGUACACAUUCCACCUCGUCUUGCGCACAACCGCCGGAACCUACCAGUCGGAGAAGCUGACGUGUCGGACGCACAAGAUGACCGACCUGUCUGGUAUCACAGUCACCCCUGGAGUCCUGGACCCGCAACGCAAGGAGGCUCUGGGCCACGCAUUGGACCGUAUUGGGGGCAAGAUGAUUGAUUCGGUCCGCAUUGACACCACUCACUUCGUGUGCACGGAGGGUCGGGGCCCACUCUGGGAGAAAGCCGUUGAGAUGAAUAUCCCAGUCGUCGUACCGGAGUGGGUGGAUGCUUGCGAGUCAGAGGGUACAAUCGUCGGUGUUCGCGGCUAUUAUCUUAAUGCAGACCCUAAGGCGCGCCAGCUUGGCGCAAUUCAUGGCUCUUCCCACCAACGCACUACUUCCACGAUGUCUACGGCUACAACUGCCAACCAGGGCCGGCCCAGCACACAACCACAACCACAAAUCAACGAGGAGAAUACAGCACUCGAGGAGCCACCUCUUACGCCAUUCCCUGGAGGUGAGACAAGCGCCCAGCCACAGGCACUGGCACAAGAGGUCGGAUCAGAAGAUGAGGACGAAUCGCCUCCUCCUCCCCCACCGAAGGAUGAGUCCGAUACCGCAGACGAACCCGAGAAACAGAAUGAUGAGACGGAUCUUACGUCCGAGUCAGAUGAGAAGCCCGAGGCAGAAGCGUCCGAGGACGAUAGAGACGAGGAACCCGCCAAGGAGAGCACCCUCCCGCAGAAUAUGCCCGAGGGAGACGAGCCGGCAGGCAGCGAUGACAGCCCGAAAAGUACAGGAAAGGACGGCGAAGGGGAUUUCAAUGAAGUACCUCUCUAA